AUGGCGGAUUUGGGUUUGAAUAUUAGCGGCAUGGUCAUCCACGAGGCCGAGGCGAGGCCACCUAAUCACAUCAUGGCAGCCGCUGCGGUCACGGUACCAGAUCCUUCCAUGGCCUCAUCGCCAUUGCCGUAUCUCGAGGACAUGUCCCUUUAUGGCAUGGGGGCAUCAGGUUCCUCGGCGCCCGCGAGCCUGCGCCGUCCCUCCCUAAGCUCUCCCAAGCGACGUUCGUCUGCGCGUAGUCGUCCAGCUCCAUCUCUCGUGCAACGGCCUGUCUCGGUGACAAGCAGCAAAAUGUCUUCCACUCGAUCAUCCCCGAGCCGUAAAUGCCGCUCGACUAGCCCUGGUGCAGGCAGGGGGGCGCGCUCACCCAUCCGACGAACAGCCUCCACGUCGUUGGCUACCAGCUCGCCACCUGUGCUAGGAAGCGGGUCGCCGCGCCGCAAGAAAGUUGCGCAUUUGGCCAUGACCGCACGGCCGCCCCCAACAGUCCGACGGCCACUGUUGCGCACCAACCAAGCCGAAUCCGCGACCCUCUCACGAUCAAGCCUAGAUGAUUUGGGAUCAGCUCGCGAGGCUCCGGCUGCCGCAGCUGCACGCAUCGUGGCCCGCCGCGCUGGAACGCCCGACUCGGAAUAUUGGGAUACCGUGGCUUUUCCCUCGUUGUGCGACGCCUCGGCCCAGGUCCAUGUGGCCAAGCUCUUGCAGAAGAUAGCGGCUGAACGGCAGCAGCUGGCUCAAAAAGCUCGCGCGACAGCACAAAAAAACGAGGCUGAUGAUCGGCGCAUCGCACAGCAGGUUGCCAUCCAGCGCGAAAUGGAGUACCAGCGUCGUGUCAUCGACAUUCUAAACCGGGCCAUGCUACGCCACGAAGAAAAGCAGUUUGCAGCAUUUAUGGACGCAUGCCAGCGCCAGCCGACCGACGCCGUUGCCAUGGACGACCAAGAGAUCAGUGACUCGGACGACGAAGCGCCUCAGCGAGGUCCCACACCCAUUGCCGUCGUUCUGCCGCCGGCCACGGAAGCGCGCCCGCCUCAGUGUCGGGCUGAUUCCGAAUCGUCCGACUCGGAUGAGAACCCCCACACUGAACAGGCCUCCGAAUUGGCGUCUGUCACUUCCUCACUUGAGCCGGGCGCCGAGGUGGUACGUGAGGAGCUGGUGGCCGAUGAGCCUGGCGACGGGGUGAUCUCGCCUCUCGAUUCGCCUCUGCAUGACGAAUCAGCCACCGAGGUGGAUGAGGACGAAACCAUGACCAUGCUUUCAUGA